AUGGAUCUACAAGCCCUGAUUGAAGACAAUAUACAGUCGUUAUUCCUGGAGGAAUAUCGUGGAGAUCUUCGCCGAGCAUACAACGACAUUAUCCAACAUGAAUCGCAACUGGACACAAAUCCUGAGUCCAACCCUGAGCAAAGAGCUUACUUUCUCCGAUCAAAAGUACAAGUUUUGACGCUGCGCGGCAGACUAAACGAUGCUUAUGCUGCACUAGACGAGUUCAAGACUUUUGUUGAUGACAACGUACUCGGUGAACCACAAAGACUUGCUUCGUACUGGGGUCUGCGAUACGCUGCGUCUAAACUCCUCGUAGACUACUACAGACGAUAUCCGCCUUGCCUCCGGUAUCAGCAUGAAUCACAGACUCCAACAAACACGGCCUUAAUAGAAGGCAUCUCAGGACCAAACGAGAUCACAGCAGAGUUGAAUCAGAAUGUCCAAAAGUAUUGCGCAAAUGCAACAGAGGAAGAAGCAGCCAAUAACCAAACGGAUCUCAAUGCCUGCAUGCUUUUUCUCGUCUUGCUCCAGUUUCCGCAACAGUUGAGAAUACUGUCGUUACGACACUCUUCCUAUCCAGACGGUAACUGGAAGCCGAAUGAUGGCAAAACUCCGGAGGAGGUCAUUGUUUCUGUAGCGCCUUAUCUACACAAAUUUUUGCAAAUGGCACCGUUGGAGGAAACGACCGAUUUGACAUUCUUGUACGGGCACAGACUCAAUAUUGAGCUUCAUUACGCCAUGGAAUCUCCGUCUUUAGAGACGUUGUUAGCGAAAUUGUUUCAUGCACACGAGCGUCUUUCAGAUCAGGCUGGGAUGGCAAACGCCAAACUUAUUGAAGGUGACAGUUUAUACUCGCCUCCAUUCACAAGUCCGAUAAUUCAAAAUCUCGUCCCAGUACCCGGUUGUCACGCCGCUGGAGAAAACACCAUCUGGGAUGCGCCAGAAGCCAAGAUUACACCCAAAGACUCUGACGGUGUUUCUCGAUGCUAUACAGAAGCAUUAGAACUUUUUGAAACAUCGAACAGUCCUCGUGGGAAAGCUGCCGUUUAUCUACGUCAAGCCAGUAUACUGCAUGCCAAAUCUUACAAUUAUGACCCUACAGAUACCGAAAGAGUAGCCCUUUUACAGGAGGCGAGCGAGUACCUGGACAAUGCAAUAGAUCUAUUCGACAUGGACGAGGCAAACGUGCAGAUCGUCAAAGCAAACCAGAUUCUCGUCGAAAUCUCGCAGGAAAAUGCGAAUAUUGCAGACCUCAGAAAACGUGCUGGCGAAAUCGGAAAAUGGGGCCGCGAGUCUCAAAAUGAACUCAUCGCCUUUCACAUUGGGACGGUGAUGAUACGAUUUGCGCGGCGAGAAUGGGGAAAAUACUCUCGUUUUGAUACGGCAAAUGCAUGUUACGAAUGUGCCUAUGAAUGUUGCACAGAGCUCGGAGCUCUCGUUCCAGCUUUCAUAUCUCUGUUCGCCAGAGUAGGUCUUCAAAACGAAAUGAGCAAUAUCGCUGCUACGGCAGUGUUGGGGGAUCAGUGUAUUACAAUGUUCGACAGUGUCGUGGAAAGCCUCAGUCAACAAAUCCAAAAGAUCGAUUCGCAGACGCCCAUUGGAAACAUUGAGCGUCGGCAUUUGUUGACUCGGAAAUUUGAUUUCAUGUCCACUUUCAACAGUAGCAUUAGCCGGAUUCUCGCACGAAGGGACUCCUUGGACACAUUAGAAAAUUAUCGCAGAUGGAAGGAGAAGUUUCUCUGGUAUGAGCAAAAUGACGAGAGUUUUGCGUUCUUCAGAGGAGAAUCCGGUCCAAUGCAAUCCGACGUCGCGAAAAAGUAUUUCGGUCAAUCUCUUGAUGAUGUAAUGGAUGUGUUCGCGCUUGACACUCUUAUAUCAGACAAAUACUGGACCGCUGAUAUGGAGUUCAACCAGGCUAUAUUGGACGGAAAUCUGGACAAAGCCGAAUCGUUUAUGCAUGAUUUCAUCAAGACUGCGCGAGGAUUCAAAAGAGUAUACACUCAAUAUAUGUACCAAAUGAUUGCAUAUGGCCGAAUCGGAGACGUCACCAAAAUGAGGGAGAUAUUGGAUUCGGUGACCGAUGAGGAGUUGUUCAAUAACAGACUGGAUGAGUUUCUGGCAGAUAAAAAUGUCGACAUGUUUUUUCCCUCGUUGGCCAAUAACGCAAUCUUUGUGUGCAUUCGUCCAAAUUAUUUUGAUGAGUCACCGAGUGAGAGUCCGAUUGAUUUGUCAAUAAGACAGGCCAAUGCGGCUACUAUCUACUUGAAGAACUGUCGACCAGAACUGGCUUUUCGGAUGUUGCUCAAGGCAAGAUAUCUCAUUGAACUGCGACGGAGUCAAGCCAGUGACACGGAUGUCAAAGUCGGAGUUUUGUCUAGAGGACUGAUUGAAACCUUCCUACAAUUGGUUAUCAUAUGUUUGCAAUGUGCUCGUCUAAAUUUGCCCCUGAGCAUCCUCGACGCAUAUGAUCACGGUCAUCCACAGGUACCUUGGGAAGAGCACGCGCUACUUUUCAUGGAAGAAGGGCGAGCGAGGUCUUUGAUCGACUCACUUGUCGCAUCAGCCCAGCAGCAAUCGGAUGAGGAAGAGAAACGGAGAAUGUCAGAAAGCAUAUAUAAACGCCGAGCCCUAACUCAUCUUCGAUCUAUCCAGAAACGUACCGAAGACGAGGACAGAGAGCUGGAUGAGCUGGUUAAAGAUGUCGAACGUCUGGACGUUGGGACUUGGUCGUCAUCAGCAAAGGAUCUUAUGGAUACUAUGAAUUCGACAAUACUGCCGCGUGACUUGUACAGCCAUCUUAACGAUGAUACGAUUGUAAUUGAGGCGAGCUUUAAUAGAUCAGGAUGUAUCUUGAUGGCUAUCACCAAUAAAGGCAUACAGGCAUAUGAAACCAACGCUCUUCGUGACGUCGACAUUAGAAAAUGGACGAUGGAAUUGAUGCAAAUCAUGAGAGAGAUGUCCGGGCUACGAGAACCCGAAGAAGAAGAGCGCAAAAUACGAAUGGAGAAGCUCUCAGAGCAAAUAUCAGGCGUUCUUUUGACUCCUUUUGCGGUUAUCAUUCGAAAAAUGGGUCACAUCAUCUUCUCUCUAUCUCAACCCCUAACUGCAUUCCCGGUUUCAGCCCUGAUAUUUGACGGGAAGCCAUUGGUUUUGCACGCAGCUGUUUCUCAAACACCUAGUUUGACGGCUCUAUACCACCUGUCGAAACGACGUGCAGCUUCAGCUGUGCCAACAGUUUCAGUUUUCACCAAAGCCUUGGCCGGAGAUCAGCCCUCGACGAGCGAUCGAGCCACGAAAGAGACAUUUCUCCCGAUGGCAGGCGUCGAAGCAAUAAGUAUCUCUAAUAUGUUCUCAACUUGGCCCAUCGAAGCAUCGAAUCUCUCUCGUGCUCAAUUUCGCGACCACAUCCAAGGCCACAACUCAAUUCUGCAUAUAGGAACCCACGGAACCGUCAACGCUGGCAGUCCCCUUCUCUCCUCCAUCUCCAUCGGCGAAGACUUUCGAGUCAUCGACAUGUCACCCAUACAGAGUCGUGCGAAUCUAAUCGUCUUCGCGGCUUGUCUUAGUGGUUUGGGGAAAGCCACGGCUGGAAACGAUGUUUUGGGGUUCACGCAUGUCGUGCUCGGGACUGGAUGUCAGGCGUAUAUUGGCACGCUGUUUGAGAUUAGUGAUUUCGCGUCUAUGGUUUUGAUGACGCUGUUUUACCGGCAGAUCAAAGACGCUCCGGGUCUGUCGUUGGCUGAAUCCUUACGCCGUGCCCAAGUGGAGUUUUUGCAUUUCGAUAAUGAGAAAGCUACGGCUUUCCUUGAUAAAUUGCUAGAAGCUUGGGACGCAACCUCUGUGACAGACUCUGGCAGUAAAAGCCCAGAAGAGUUUGUGCCUGAUGGACGAUAUUUACUGACCUUGCAGAAGAUGAUGCUGCCUCAAAUUGACUGGACGAGCCCAAUAUUUUGGGCCUCAUUUGCGUUGAUGGGAUAUGGCGAUUUUUGCUUCAGCCAUCCAAGUUAA